UCCUUUAGUGUGUGUGGUUAACCAGAAGCCCCUGCUUAUAUGCAUUUUAUUGCACUUAAUCUCUUUGUGUUAUCUAAAAACCCUGCACUUUCUUAAUAACUGUGCUUUGCAGACAUGCAACAUUGAUUUUGCACAGUGCAAAGCCAAAGCACGAGCCAUCAUGUGAAAUGAAAUGCCUCAGCAAGAACAAAGACAAUGCAACUCUCCAGAGAGCUUCAACAACAAGUCGAGCUUGUGUGUUGCUCACCAGCUCAGCUGCAACAGCCAAUGCAAUCCGAUGCAACUCAUCCAUCCAUCUGCACGUGCACACGCUCGUCACUUUUUGAGAUUCCCCUCACAGUUGCUUUAAAUACUCCCUUCCAUCCGUGCAUCAUUGAGAUCAAUUUAUUGCAAGCAAAUAGGCGUUGGAUGUUCUAAAGCAUCGAUGCAUUGGGGAAACUGAGACCCAUGGCAAAGUGGUUUAGAGAUCACCUAAGUUUCGGCAGCAGGAAAGGACCGCCUCAGCCCCCGACACCGGACUACACCGAAAGCGAGAUCCUGCGGGCCUACAGGGCUCAGAAAGAGCUGGACUUUGAGGACCCAUACGAACCCACGGAAAACCGGGUGCUGAACGGCUCAGGGUCGGUGGAAACGUUCCCCGGCGCGGUGCUGUCCAACGGCGUGGAGGUGAAGAUCGUGUCUCCCAAACACAGACUGAUAAAAGUGGAAUCUCAGGAAUUCGGGCGUAGCAAAAUACCACUGAACAUCGUGACCUUUGAGGAACCGCAGGCCCCUGUGGUUCCCUCGGCUCCUGCAGUUGGGGAGACUGAUUACUCGGACCCGUUUGAUGCCAGACCGGACCCGCGGCCCAGACCCGGCUGGGAGCAGAACGCCGUCGAAGCCUGCAGCAGUUACAUGGAGCCGUUUGAGGCCCAGAGAUUCAUAAGCGAGCUCCAGCACAGCACAGAUCGGGGUAGAAACAGCCCGCAGCUCUACGACAGCCCUUACGAGGAGAGAGUUCGGCCCCAGGCGGCCCCAGCGGAGGACGAGAGAGAGAGCCGUCUGCCCCAGGACGACGAGAGGCCGGCGGAUGAGUACGACCAGCCCUGGGAGUGGAAGAAAGAGAACAUCUCCAAAGCCUUCGCUGUAACUUUUGAAGCCAGAGACUGGGAACAAUGUACACUGCCCCGUGACGAGGCACCGAGGAAGGCAGGAGCGUCCAGAAUCAGCCCUCCAUCCAGCAGAGCCACCAGCCUGCACAAGCCCAGCAACACACACGGCAUCCUGGGAGAGAGGGUGGAUCCCACACUGCCCCUGGAGAAACAGGUAUGGUACCAUGGUGCAUUGACUCGCUCAGAAGCUGAAUCUCUGCUCACGCUGUGUAAGGAGUGCAGUUACCUGGUGAGGAAAAGCCAGACCAGCAGAAACGACUAUUCGCUGUCUCUCAGGAGCUGUCACGGGUUCAUGCACAUGAAGUUCUCGCAGUCUCGGGAUGGGAAGUUCAUCCUGGGAGAGAACAGUCCUCCAUUUGGCUCCAUCCCUGAAGUCAUUCAUUACUACACCACGAACAAACUGCCCAUCCGCGGAGCCGAACACCUGUCCCUGCUGUUCCCGGUGCUGGUGCAGACGCUCUGAGACCACACACACACACUUACCAUGCGCUCGCACACGUACACACUCAGGGCCUCACUCAGAUGGCUACUAUAGUGCUUAAUUUUCAAUCACAUAUCACAGGCUCUUUGAGAGUUUGAUUUGUGUUUGGAGUGGGAAUUAGAUUUUUCAGGCGUGUGAAUGAACCCUGGUGUGAAUGAAAACACAGUCGGCCUGUACAGAAACUGUAUUGAUGUGCUGCACACGGGUGAAGAAUAUUUUACACACCACUGACCUCUAAAGUGUCUUCGCAUCACACUGGGAACUGUAAUAUUAUUACUUUCUCUGCUCCAAACUCUUCAAAUGAUAGUUUUAACAUUUGAAGAUAAAAUGUAGCCCGACCAAAGUAUUUAUAAAGAUUUUGCUAAAUACUAAAAUGCAAUGAUGUACAGUACAAAUCCCAUCCUCUGUAGGAUUUCUUGCUUUAAAAAGUGAUUCACCUGAAAUGGCAGUUGUCAUCAUUUGCUCAUUCUCAUGUCAUUCCGAACCUGUAGAACACAAAAGAAGAUCUUUUGAAUGAUGUUAAUGAAAGUGGAUGCUGAUCAUGGCUGUUAUGCUCUAAAAAAGGACAAAAUCACCAUAAAUGUAGUCCAUAUAAGUCUUCUAAAGCCACACAAUAUAUCUUUUUGUCCUUUUUAGAGCUUUAUGGCGACGGUCACCAUCCACUUUCAUUGUAUUGUAAAUUUAGUUCUGUUCUACUCGUUUCUCUUUUUGUGUUCCACUAUAUAAAAUCACGCUGGUUUGGAAUGACAUGCGCGUGAGUGAAUAAUGACUGAAUUUUCAUCUUGAGUGACUGUAAGCAAAAAUGAGGGCUUCUCUUUAGGAACAGGAAGCCGGCCCUUAACUUCCUUUUGUCACUAACUAGAAGCGAUGAAUCAUGGUUUAGCGGUAAGGAAGUGAAAAUACGACGCUGGAAUGUUCCGAAUGUGACUUUCGCUUGUCCGGAUGGCCAUCUGCAAACACAAAGAUUUGUUCUGCUCCCAGAAUCUCGGGGUGCUGAGGAUGACGAAAACAGAAAUUGAAGUCCUCCGACCAUCUAAAGCUGCACUUUCAUUCGCUUCAGUGCUCCGGUCUUGUAGCAUGACAGGAAGCGGUCAUUACUGUGGCAUUUGGCUUCACUUAAGGCAGCUGUCUCAAUGCUACCCAUCAUUUCACUCUACCAGAUACCGCUUAGUGCUGCCGGCUCGUUUCUGAGGAUUUCUUAGCAAUACUUAAAGCUCCAUGAGAAACCUUACGUGAACCAUCUCUUCUGAGUUAAUCUGGGUUUAUGUGAUAUUUGAAAUAAGGUCACUUAUAAUCUAGGGGUGGAACGGUACACAGAUGUCACGGUUCGGUACGUACCUCGGUUUGGGGGUCACGGUUCGAUACGAUUUCGGUACAACGGGGGGAAAAAUCUACUAUGCUCAGUUUCUUUUCGUUUAUUUUGAACAGACAGUAGUACAAAUUAAAAUUGUUUCCACCUAGAUGU